AAGUCCAUGCAUUUACACUAUCAAUUUGAGGUUUUGGUUUUCACUUCAUCUUCUAAUUAAUAGCCUCUUCUCAGUUCUCCCCAGUACUGUUUCUUACUAGUUGAGAGUAUCAAAACAUGGGUUCAGACAACAAUGUUCUUGCUGUAAUUGCCAAAAAUAUUGAUGUUCUUGCUUUGCCUCUAGUCUCUCUUGUUUACCCUCUGUAUGCAUCUAUUAGGGCAAUAGAAACAAAGUCUCGUGCUGAUGAUCGACAAUGGCUAACGUAUUGGGUUCUUUAUUCUUUGAUUACUCUCUUUGAACUUAGCUUUUCUAAGGUCAUUGAAUGGUUUCCAAUAUGGUCUUAUGCAAAGCUAGCUGCAAUAUGCUGGCUAGUUUUACCUUACUUCAAUGGAGCAUCUUAUGUUUAUGAGAAUUUCAUAAGACCAUUUUAUAGAAAUCCACAAGUCAAAAUAUGGUAUGUUCCUUUGAAGAAGGAUAUUUUCAGUAAGCCAGAUGAUGUCCUAACUGCUGCUGAAAAAUAUAUUGAAGAACAUGGACCACAAGCAUUUGAAAGGCUUUUAGCCAAGCAGGCUGAUAGAGAUGCAAGAACCAGGAGGAACAAUUACAUGACCUUUGAUGAUGAUUAUCGAUAUUAGCCUCUGUUUGCACUAUUUAAAUUACUUUUUAAUUAUUAGCUAUGUGUGUUACUUUGUUGAACUAUGUUUGGAUAAUCCUUUGAGUUUUCAAUCUUAAUUAAGAAUAAUUAAUUUGCUAUUUUA